CCCGCUGGUACCAUGUUAUUAUGAUCCAACUUCCUGGGUGGAGACAGCUGCCUCUCCCGAGUAUUUUCUGUUGCUGCGAAUGGUGUGUGAACGUAAAUAUGUCCAUUCUGUGAAACAUUAAGAAAUGUAUCACUUAUGUGCGGAAGACCGUUAUUGUAACAAAUUAGGUAAACCAUCAUGAUCCCCAUCACAGAGCUCCGGUACUUUGUUGACACCCAGCCGGCGUACCGCAUCCUGAAGCCAUGGUGGGACGUCUUCACAGACUACAUCUCCAUCGUCAUGCUCAUGAUCGCCGUGUUCGGGGGCACGCUGCAGGUCACCCAGGACAAGAUGAUUUGCCUGCCCUGCAAGUGGGUGGUCAACAAGUCCUGUGAGUACCUCAAUGUGAGCUUCCCAGACCCAUUUGCCUCUGAGCCCAAAGGCAUCAAGUAUGAACUGGAUCGGCACCAGUACAACUACAUUGACGCAGUCUGCUACGAGAACAAGCUGCACUGGUUUGCCAAGUACUUCCCCUACCUGGUGCUACUGCACACCCUCAUCUUCCUGGCCUGCAGUAACUUCUGGUUCAAGUUCCCCCGGACUAGCUCCAAAUUAGAGCACUUUGUGUCCAUCCUGCUCAAGUGUUUUGACUCGCCCUGGACCACCAGGGCUCUGUCCGAGACGGUAGUGGAGGAAAGCGACCCCAAGCCCCUGGGGAAGAUGAACGGUUUGGUGGACAAGAAGGCAUCUUGUGUCAGCGAGGAUGUGGAGGCCAGCAUUCCUAUGCUCCAAAGGACUAGGUCCCGCAUCGAACAGGGCAUAGUGGACCGCUCCGACACCGGUGUCCUGGACAAGAAGGAAGGCGAGCAGGCCAAAGCUCUGUUUGAGAAGGUGAAGAAGUUCCGGAUGCACGUUGAAGAAGGGGACAUCGUUUACCGGCUCUACAUCCGCCAGACCAUCAUCAAAGUCGUCAAGUUCAUCCUGAUCAUCUGCUACACGGCCUACUAUGUGCACUACAUCAAGUUCAGUGUGAUCUGCAAGGUGGACAUUGAGAAGCUGACAGGCUAUAGGAUGUACCACUGUGCUCACCCCCUGGCCACCCUCUUCAAGAUCCUGGCCUGUUUCUAUAUCAGCCUGGUGGGGAUUUACGGUCUCAUCUGCAUGUACACCCUCUGCUGGAUGCUCAGCCGUUCCCUCAAGCGCUACUCUUUUGAGUCGAUCCGUGAGGAGAGCCAUUACAGCGACAUACCCGAUGUGAAGAAUGACUUUGCCUUCAUGCUGCACAUGAUUGACCAGUAUGACCCGCUCUACUCCAAACGGUUUGCCGUUUUCCUAUCGGAGGUGAGUGAGAACAAACUGCGUCAGCUGAACCUCAACAACGAGUGGACGCUGGACAAGCUGAGGCAACGCAUCACCAAGAACUCCCAGGAGAAACUGGAGCUGCACCUGUUCAUGCUUAGCGGAAUCCCUGACACAGUGUUUGACCUCCUAGAACUAGAGGUGCUCAAGCUGGAGCUCAUCCCUGAUGUCACUAUCCCCCCCAUCAUUGCCCAGCUGGUCAGCCUGAGAGAGAUGUGGCUCUACCACACACCAGCCAAAAUCGAGGCCCCAGCUUUGGCCUUCCUGAGGGAGAACCUGAAGUCCCUCCACAUCAAGUUCACAGACAUCAAGGAGAUCCCUCUGUGGAUCUACAGCCUGAAGAACCUGAGUGAGCUGCACCUCACAGGGAACCUGAGCGCAGAGAACAACCGCUUCAUUGUAAUCGACGGGCUACGGGAGCUCAAGAGGCUCAAAGUGCUCCGUCUGAAGAGCAACCUGACCAAGCUGCCUCAGGUGGUGACGGAUGUCGGGGUCCACCUCCAAAAGCUGUCCAUUAACAACGAGGGUACCAAGCUAAUGGUGCUCAACAGCCUGAAGAAGAUGAUGAAUCUUACAGAGCUGGAGCUGUUGCGCUGUGACCUGGAACGAAUCCCGCACUCUAUCUUCAGCCUGCACAACCUGCAGGAGAUCGACCUGAAGGACAACAAUCUCAAGACCAUCGAGGAGAUCAUCAGCUUCCAGCACCUGCACCGACUAGUAAGCCUGAAGCUGUGGUACAACCAGAUCGCCUACAUACCCAUCCAGAUCGGCACUUUGACAAACAUGGAGAGGCUCUACCUAAACCGCAACAAGAUUGAGAAGAUCCCGGGCCAGCUCUUCUACUGCCGCAAACUGCGCUUCCUGGACCUGAGUCACAACAACCUGACCAGUAUACAUGCCGAUGUGGGCUUCCUCCAGAACCUGCAGUACUUUGCUGUGACGGCCAACAGGAUCGAGUCGCUCCCGCCAGAGCUGUUCCAGUGCAAGAAGCUGCGCACCCUGAACCUGGGCAACAACUGCCUGCAUAUUCUACCAUCGCGCUUCGGCGAGCUGACGGGCCUGACCCAGCUGGAGCUGCGGGGUAACCGUCUGGAGUGCCUGCCCGUGGAGCUGGGGGAGUGCAGGCAGUUGAAGAGGAGCGGCCUGGUGGUGGAGGAGGACCUGUUCAAGACACUGCCCACAGAGGUCAAAGAACAGCUGUGGAGGGCCGACAAGGAGCUGGUAUGAGGAGAGAGUCCAGAGAGAGGGAGCCUAGAGAGGAGGAAAGCGGGAGAGAGGAUUGGGCAGUGGAGGCUGAUGUCACUUUCAAUUGGAGGCCAUUCUCAAAUUUCUCCCUCCUUCCAGCCUCCACUAGUAUGGGGUAGGAGAAAGGGGGGAGAUGUGUCUGUAUUGCUGGACACGCAUCCAGAGAAGGAUGGUUGGUUGUUGUCUUGGCUCUCCUGGCUAAAUUAGUAUUUUUUUAGGGUACCUGGUAGGACUGCCACAAUUACAGUAUAACCGUGUAACCGAUGAAGAUAGUCAUAACCAUUUAAAAAAAUUAAAAUAAACAUUUGGCUGAAUAACCACAAUGCAGCAGCAUCAGCACACAGAAAUAGAACAGUCUAGGAAAAUCUAAUCUUGGUAAUUUGACUGGUAAAUUUGUAGAUACACUUGCAAUGGCUGCCUGAUAUUGUGACGUAAUAAUUUCCAUGGUAAUGUAGAAUGUUCACUCAAAUUAUGUUAACAAAUGUAGCUCAUGCAAUGUAUUUUUUUGUAAUGUGAGUUGAUUGAAUCAAAUCGCAGCACAAAUUACUUCCUGCUUUUAAACUAUGGGUACACUGUCAAUAGCCACCACUCCACCCAUUAUGCCAUAAUUUACUUGAAUUGGGAUGCCUGUUCUAUUCAUUAUAUUUCUAUGGCAGCACAUGCAGUCUGGAGGAGAGGAGAAAAUGUAAAUCUACCAAAAAAAUUAUACAUUUUUUACAUUAUAUUCAAACAUUUAUUACGGUGACCGCGGUAAUUUGGUUGGCCGAUUACCAUUAUCCAAAAUUCCAUGACCAUCACAUCCCUAGUCACAAGGUCACAAGAUGUUUAUUAACAGACUAACCAGAUGGAGACCUCUCCUCUCCAACUUUGUGGUUCUUUUCCCCCUAUUUCUUCUAUGAAAUGAUGUGCAAAGUCGAUCGUUGUCGAAUGCUGAUUAGGAGAGGAUGAGAGACAGAAAUGAAAUGCUUGUGAGAUUGAGGAUUUUGUUUGUUUGUACGGAGUCAUGUCAGUAUGGGUCAAGGUUGUCAAACUCAUUUUGCUCUGGGGGCUGCAUGAGGUCAAUCCUCCCGGACUGUCUAGCUUCCAUUAUCAUUUCUACACCGUUUCCAUUUGGUUUUAGUCAUUUUAAACUAUAUUGAGCAUGUUUCCCCACCAAAAGGAAAACAAUAUUUAUAUAUAUAUAUAUGUUUUUUUUUCUCAAACUGACAGGUAUGUUUUGACAUUUCUGGUAUAGACAGUGGCCACAGAAGGACUACAUAAGAGUUGGUGUGAAAGGUUCAUGUAGCCUACAAAGCAAUAUAUGUGUGUGCUCUGUUUUCCAUCUUCACUUGGAAGUAUACAGUCCACUAGUCUGUUUAUCCAAACGCCAGUGAGAGGACGCAGGAUCUGACUGGUUAAUGAAACACUAUGGCCGAUGUAACCAAAGCAGGGCCCUGUUUUAUUAGGCACCAAAUAGUGGGAAAUGGACUGAAACUACCUGGACUUGUCCAAAAAUAACACACAUUUUUGUUUUCUGCAACACAUUUAAAAAUGUUUGUUACCGUGUGACCUAAUGAAAACAACCUAGAUAUUUGCACUCCAAAACAGUGACCGUGGAUACAUCAUUGGCUUAUACAGAACACAUUUGUGGGGUAUAUUCUGCAUGAAUAUCGAAGAGAUACUUUUUUAUUGAAUGGACUUGGAGUAGAUGAGAUUAGAGGUCAAUUGCCACCAAAGGUGAUUCCUUUAAGACCAGCCAGGCAACUCUCGUUACUUAUAUGGCCUUCCCUUUCUGGUGCUGUAAUGUCCCACGCUGUGUCAUUACAACCAUCAUGUUCAUGAUUUUGCUAAAUAUGCAGACAAAUGUAUAGCUUAUAAUGUUGUACAUUUAUGUUUCAAUAAUUUACAUGGUAUUAUUAUUCUUACCAGCUGUUCAAAGUUAUUUUCAAAGGAGAGGGAAGCCUCACUUUGGAGGAAAGUGAGCUGAAUUCAAAAUGUAAUGACUACAUACAUAACUGCCCUUUUUGCAAGGUUACCAAUGGGUGUUUUGAGUCCAGCUCUGUUCUGAAAAGGCCUCCGUCUUGGAUUUGUUAGUAAAGGCUAGACCCCAGCUCUAAAAGGAUGGAGCAACGCUCACAGAGUAAGAGUGCAUCAGAGAAGAACAAGCAAUCCCAGAGCAGAGGCUCGCUGGUCGAGACUUGGGUGGUUGAAUGCAGAUCUACUUUAAUGUUGAAGUAUUAUUCUCUGACAUGUUCCAAACUUUUUGAAACAUUUGAAAACUGCAAACAGGUACACCCCAGGUCAUUCCUUAAACGGGCUGUUAUGAUUGAUGUGUUUGAGCUAUCUUAACAAACUGUUUUGAGAGUACCAUAGGACUAUCUCAGGGCUUCACUGGAGAGCUCAUUGAUUCACAGCUUUAAUGUGGCACAGAUUUGAAGGGGUAAAUAUGGAAACAGCGCUGACUGAAUCGGAGAAGAAAAUUGAGAUUCUGAUAAUAGAACAGGAUAAUAUAUUUCAGAAUAUAUUGUUGUGUAUAUAAUUGCUGUCACUCUUUAAAAGCCAUAUAGUGUCAUAUAGAAUCAUGUAAGCCUCUUUCAGUUCAGCUGAGGUAGUGGUUACAUGCUAUUGUUCUGUAUCACGUCUAACUCUAUAAAUGUAUUGUUUUUACACUGAACUAUUUGUAUCUAACCAGAUCUAAUGCUCCAGCUUUUUAUCCUUUUCCAUAGUCCUCCCCAACAAAUUAAAAAUCUGUUUUUAUCCUGACCUGUACUUGUACUGACCUUCAACACAGUGGGAACACUGUCACUUCCCUUAAUCACAAGAUUAGGCAUUCCCCCCUAAAAAGCACAUAGAUUUCAAACUUCUAUUUCACAACACCCCCCCCCCCCCUCUCAGUAUGUCGCCAUGGAGGAAACAGGUGGAGGGUGAGGUCAGCAAAAUGUUUACAGAGCAGUGGAACUAGGAAGUGUGGUAACAUUUGAUUUGGAUAGUCAAUCUGUAUAUGUUCUACAGACUAAGUUACAUUUCAGAUAACUAUCUGCUAGCCCUAACCAACUACAUUAUAUUUUAGUCAUUUAGCAGAGGUUCUUAUCCAGAUCUACAUACAGGAGCAAAUGGGGUUAAGUGCCUUACUCAAGGGCACAUCAACAGAUUUUUCACCUAGUCUACUUGGGGAUUCAAACCAGCGACUGGUCCAACGUUCUUAACUGCUAGGCUACCUGCCGCCCUAACCUUAACCCUUAACUUAGACCUAACCCUAACUGUAACCGUUGCAAGCAGUUGCUUAUCAACAAAGUGUGACCGAAGUGUGUUUGACCCACAGAAAAGGCUUCCCCCGAUUAAGUCACUGUAUCAACGGUUUCUGUUCGGCUCAAGGUACAUGUUGCAUGGUCUAGGGUCAGAUUGCAGUACCCUCAUUAUGAGCUUAGUCAUUAGGAAAUUAAAUAAUAUCUGAUCCUGUGGUUGGAGACAACUUCUACUGUACACACCCCCCCAUCUGUAUAGGACUCUGACAGUGUUCGGUACUGUAGGUAGUCAUGCCAUGGUCACAACAGUUGACCGCAAGGGUAGCAGGUAGCCAAGCGGUUAGAUCUGGAGGCGAAAGAAACACACACCUUUUUAGGCAAGGUGCUGGCCAGCGGAGUGGAACACUUAAAGGCGAGGAGCUCAGAUGCAAAAAUAUUUGUCCAGCGUUUUGACAGACAAGCUGUCUUCAUCAGGGGAUAAUGUAACAUCUGUAUAGGACUGUGCCAGUAUGUUAUGGUACUGUAGGUAGUCAUGUCAUGGUCACAACAGUUGACUGCAAGGGUAGCAGGUAGCCAAGCGGUUGAGCAUUGGGCCAGUAACUGGAAGGUCACUGGUUUGAAGACCUGAGCCGACAAGGUGAAAAAUCUGUCUGUGCCCUUGAACAAGGCACUUAACCCUAGAGUGCUCCAGAGGCACCAUAUUACUAUGGCUGACCCUGUAAAACAACACCUUUCACUGCACACAUCCUACCUUUAUUUUAUCAUCCCAUCAGCAAUGUGACUGUUGUGAAUUAUUUUACAUGUAUGCAUCCCAACAUUCCUUUUAUUUAAUGUGUUUUCUCAGACUGGUCAGAAAUGGUGUUCAGUGCUCGAGCUAUGCAACGCUUGCCUUAUUUCAACAGUCCUCCUGUGUAUCCAGUGUGGGUGGAGCGCCCUCCUGCGGGAGGUCUGAGUAACAGAGGAAAGUGUUCACUGUCAUUUUCUCCAUUUGUUUUGUAAUGUAAAAUAAAAAAUGCUGUAAGGUUAUGUGAAUUACCAUCAAAAUAUUCAAAUUUUCUGACUCUUAAUGGCCAGUAAUUUAACCACAUUGUGUAUCAUUUGGGUAGCAUACCAAAACUGUCAAAGCAGCAUUGAUGCUUCUCAUGAUUAUGUAUUUUACCUGUUUUGGGGAAUCGUUUCUAGGUUAACUCUUAUUGUAUAUGCAUAAAUAGGCAAACUACCUACUUUUUAAUAGGGGGUUCAUGAUACUACACUAUAUUGUUUAUGAUAGAGUUAAAAAGUUGGUCUAAAAAAAAACACCGUUCAGGGAGUCCGAGAAAGGCUUCUUAUUACUAUUGCACUUGGCUUAGUUGAUAACAUAGCCAAGUUAUCACCUAACUAAUGCCAUCUUUAUUCAUUGUGUAUUCAUUCAUCGUGUUAUUUUUCCCUCUGCGAUGUUAUGAAGGGUAGUAAGUUAAGCAUUUCACUGUUAGUCUACACCUGUUUUACGAAGCAUGUGACAAAUACAAUUUUGUUUUGUGAUAUCUCCGUAGCAUUAACAAUUGGCAUGCUCUCUCAAUAUUGGGUAGGGCUAUGGAAAUGCACAUUGUCUGUCAAACAAUGCUUUUUAUUUCUUAUAAGCCAUGCUUUGGGUGGUCAACAGGACAAUGAUACAUAUUUCUGUCAGCCAACUGAAUGAGAUCAGUUGGUACAAGCCUGUAUCUAUCUUUCUUUGAUGUGUGCUGGCUGGCAUUGUAAGGGCCCUGAUGUGUGCUGGCUUUUGUUCCUGUCAGGUUUUGUUUCCUUUCCAUCUGCUUGGACAGUCUGGUCAACAUCUCAACCCACACAUUUCAUGCCAGGUUCACAUACUGUACGCCACCCACAUUGGGCGGCACUAUAAUGUUGGUCUUGUUUCAUUUAAGUGUAAAAACCUGGACCUGUCAAGUUACUGGGCAAAUGACAAUCUGUAUCUCUUCUACAUCAGUGUUGCCCAUGUAAUGAUAGGUUUUCACUUUGUUGCCAAAAUGAGUGAACACUGGCUUUCUUAGUGGAGAAAUGAUGAAUGCCCCAGACUAUUGUAACAAUGGAAUAAUUGAGCCUUGACAACACCACAACAGUUGCUUUACUGUGCCUUUUUUUUUACCAUUCUGAUAUAAAUGAUCAAGUAAGACCCUUA